UUCUGAGAAAACAAGAUGAGAUGUUCUCCAAGAGGAUCUCCAGCGCUUCUUCAGCACUUCCCACACAAUUUGAAGGGACACCGGGUGUAUAUGCAAAGCGAGAGAGUCCGCCACAGAUUCCACCAACUAUUGUCGAGCGUUCUACUAAUUUAAAGGAUUCACGGUCAUUAAGUUCCAGUCAUGUCUCCCUUAUGCGUUCACGUUUGGACUCUUCAUCAGCUUCGAUAGCACCUUUAUUUCCGACGAUUACACCCACACCUGUUAUUUUGGAAAAAGCUAUUGAUAACAAUAAUUACAUAGGCAGUGGUUUUAGUGGUAGAGGCAACAGUAGCGAUGGCAGUGGAAGUUCCGUAAUUCGAAGGCUUUCUCAUACUCCACAACAAACCCAAAGAAAAGCAGUACCCCGACACGAACUUUCCUCCCACUCUUUUAAUGUCCCAACCUCUUCCUCUCACCAUCCAGCAGCCGCAUUUCGAAAUAAAACUCCAACGUCCAAUUUUAAUAAUACAAAUGCUCAACAAAGACGUUUUGGCAAACCAGCUUCAUUAGAAAAUGCUACUCGUGAUAGUCAUGAUUCCUCUGCCGAGGCAAUUGGUGUUCAGUCUUCCACAACAGGCCAUUAUGUUAAAGGUCGAUUGGGACCUUCUGUUAGCUUUGGAAAUGUUGUUGAAUCACUUAUUCCACCUCCAAUAGCUUUCCAAAAAGUUUAUGCUACGGCAGUUUCAGAUCAAAAUCAGCAACAAGAAUAUUGGGGAGGACAACAAAUAAUUAAUAAAAAUAUUUUAGGCUCUCAUACAAGUUUAUUGGCUUCAAAUGAAAAAAAUGGAAAAUUAGAUUUGGAUCGUUUUCCGCCAGGAUGGGAAGUUGCUUUAACUUCAGAUGGUGUUCGCUACUAUAUUGAUCAUAAUAAUGGGCGUACACAUUGGAUUCAUCCCCUGGCACCAGAAAAUUUGGCAACGGGAUGGACAAAAAUUUUUGAUAAAAUACAUGGAGUUGUUUAUUACAAUCAUAUCGAACGUCGUUCACAAUUUGAACAUCCCGGUUUUUCUGCUUCCACAACUCUUUCUGUUUCUUUGCUUCCAACUAUACAUGGAUCGUCUUCCGUUCAAUUUACAGAAGAUCAACAAAAUAAAGAAAAAAUAAGAAAUCAACUAAAAAAUGAAAAGCAAAAAAAUUAUAAAAAUAUUGGUUUGGAAGAGAAAGAAGACAAUGAAACAUUAAAAGAUGAUAUAAUUAAUAAUGAAGAUGUGCCUGAUUGGUUAAAACUUUAUUCUUUAGCUCCUUCAAAUGCUGAUCAUUUACUUAAUUUUAAUUUGUUUAAACUGAGCCAUCUUGAAAUUUUUGAUAGAAAAAUAAUGAAACUUUACAAAUCUGAAGUUUUAAAUAUUGUAAGAAAAUAUGAUAAAGCAAUGUCUGAAGUUGAUGGAGAAUUAAUGAAUCGACGUAGAAAACAAUUUACUCCUAUAUAAAUUUUUAAAUACUUAAAAAAAUGCAUUUUUGUGCUU